CCUCUCACGGGUUAUAUAAGAGAGUGUUGCCUUUCUUCAUUCUUCAUUCUCUCCUGCACCUUCACAGGUUUUUAUUUGGGGCUGGAUCUCAAUCCGGGAGUCAGAACAAACAAGAAGAAGACGCCAGAAUGACAAAGAAAGCAGGAAAGAGCCUGAGAGAAAAGUUUGCCCUGAAGAACAAUUUGCUGAAGGAAGGGCUGGCAGAACUCCUGGGAACCUUCAUCUUGAUCGCCCUGGGCUGUGGGAGCGUGGCGCAAACAGUCCUGAGCAGAGGAGCUCUGGGAGGAGCACUGAUGAUCUCUGUUGGCUUCGCCAUGUCCGUCACCCUCGCCGUCUACGUUGCGGGAGGCGUUUCUGGGGGUCACAUCAAUCCAGCCGUUUCUUUUGCCAUGUGCCUGACUGGGAAGAUGAAAUGGGUCAAAUUUCCCGUUUAUGUCUUUGCGCAAUGUUUUGGUGCAUUUCUUGGAGCGGCCAUGGUGUUCGGGAUCAACUACGAUGCGCUUAUGUUCCACACUCAUGGAGUCUUCACUGUCACGGGGCCCAACGCCACAGCACAUAUUUUUGCAACAUAUCCCCAGGAAUAUUUGUCCCUGACCACUGGCUUUGUAGACCAGGUCGUAUCCACGGCCUUCCUUAUCCUGGGUAUCUUCGCCAUCUUCGACACGGACAAUUUGGGUGUCCCAAAGGGCCUGGAGCCCAUCGCCAUCGGCCUCCUCAUCAUCCUGCUGACCUCUUCUAUGGCCCUGAACAGUGGCUGCGCCAUGAACCCUGCCCGAGAUCUGGCCCCGCGUGUCUUCACAUACCUGGCGGGAUGGGGGGCCGAAGUCUUUACGGCUGGCAGUCACUGGUGGUGGGUCCCCGUUGUCGGCCCGAUGGUUGGUGCGGCUGUCGGAACUGCCACCUACAUGCUCUUCAUUGAACUUCACCACGCUCCCGUGCCCCUCUGCCAGAAGAAUGCCCCUGACACCCACCACGAGUAUGAGCUUACCCACCUGGAAGAAAGGAAAUAGGGCCAACGAAGCUGCCCCACCCCAGCCCCACCGGAAGGGCCGAUGCCGCUCCCUCCUCGAGGACCGCACGGCCCACAGGAAAGCCACUCAGUGGCAGGAGGCAGAAUUAAUAGUCCCUGCUCCCCCUCACCCUGCCCCAUUCAAGAAAGUGAUAUCUAAAUCUGAAAGCGAUUCAUCACUCUGGGAAGGAUGCUCGGAGCACUUUCUGCUCACUUCUGGUCCAUCUCCCCCCCCCCCCCC